CUAUAAAUAGCCCCCCAUCCCACAACCAUUCCUUCACAUCACCACCUUUGGCUUCUUUGAUCCCGUAUUGCUUUUACAACACUACCAUUAGUCCUGCUUUAUCCUCAUGGCCUCUGUUGAGGUCCAACCAGUAACUACUGCACUGCCAGAGGAGAACGCAGAAAAGCAACCAAACGAGGCCAAGGAAGAACCGACGGAGGAAGUGGUCGAAGCACCACCGGCAGCCGUCGAGAAGCCAAAGGAGGAGGCAGCAACCGAUGCUGUGACCAAAGAGGUAGAGACUCCUGUGGAGGUGAAGACCGAGGAGGUGGUGGCCAAGGCCGAGGCAGGGGUACUGGAGGAAUCAGCAGUGGCAGAGAAGACUGAAGAGAAGCCGGCUCAAGAGGUGACAGCUGAGGUUCCCACCGAGGAGUCCGUGGAGACCAAGGCCCUUGAGGAGGCACCGGUGGCUCCUGCCGAGGAGGAGAAGAAGAAAGAGUUGGAGGAGAAGGAGAAAGAGUUGGAGGUGAAGCCAGUUGCGGAGGAAGCGAGCAAGGAAGCUGCAGCUGGGAAGGGUGAGGUGUAGAUGUUCUACCGAGUAUCUGCGUUGAUGAAUGGCUAUUGAUUCGGAUGUAGGUGUUCUUUGGAAUCUGUCUGGGUGUAAGGGUCUCGUAGUAUGAGACGUAUGGACAAUGAUGCAAGGCCCGUGUAGGCCCAAUUUAAAAUUUGUUCUGCGUUCGGGACUUUUAAAGGCCUCGCAUUCAAGUACCUGCUUUU